GUUCGUCCGUCUCCGCCGGCGCCCCCACCACCUACAAGCCCCCAAGCACGCACACCACCAAUGGCUCCGUCCCGAACCCCAGGAUGCUCCCGGUGGGCCCCACUCGUCAGCCUCUAGCGGCCGCCUCCUCCUCCUCGUCUUGGCCUCGCCUAGCCGCGCCGGGACCCACGACGCCCAGACCCAAUCUCCCCCUAAACCCCGCGCCGCCGAACCCUAGCGCCGCCGCCAUGCUGCGCCGGCUCGCCGCCGCCGCCGCCGCGGCGGCGCCGCGGGCCCUCCUCUCGUCGGCGCCGGCGGGGUGCACCCCGCGCCGCGAGUACGGGCUGGUGCCGAUGGUGAUAGAGCACACCUCGCGCGGGGAGAGGGCCUACGACAUCUUCUCGCGCCUCCUCAAGGAGCGGAUCGUCUGCAUCCACGGGCCCAUCACCGACGACACGGCCUCGCUCGUCGUGGCGCAGCUGCUCUUCCUCGAGUCCGAGAACCCCGCAAAGCCGGUCCACCUCUACAUCAACUCCCCCGGCGGGGUCGUCACCGCGGGGCUCGCGAUCUACGACACCAUGCAGUACAUCCGCUCCCCGGUCACCACGCUCUGCAUUGGCCAGGCCGCGUCCAUGGCCUCGCUCCUGCUCGCCGCGGGCGCCCGCGGCGAGCGGCGGGCGCUGCCCAACGCGCGCGUCAUGAUCCACCAGCCGUCGGGCGGCGCUUCGGGGCAGGCCUCCGACAUCGCCAUCCACGCCAAGGAGAUCCUCAAGGUGCGCGACCGGCUCAACAAGAUCUACGCCAAGCACACGGGCCAGGCUAUCGACCGCAUCGAGCAGUGCAUGGAACGGGACAUGUUCAUGGAUCCGGAGGAGGCGCACGACUGGGGGCUCAUCGACGAGGUCAUCGAACACCGCCCUGUUUCACUUGUUUCUGAUGCUGUUGGCAGCGAUCUGCCAAACCUAGGCGGUGGCGGAGAUGGGGCUAACAAGGCAACUGAUGAGCCAUCUCCAGCUUGAUGGAUGGUCGCAAGGUGAAACCUUUUUGCGUUCCUGUAGCUGUGAUGUUGGAAUUAAGGUUUAAUUCUUACACAGCCUGUUCUUUUGCUACUUGAAUUAAUCUGUUGCUUAGUCCCAUUGAUGUUGAUAAAUGCAAUGUUAAAGAAGUUUAUCUGAAAGAAAUGAAUCCCUUGUGGACAACCA